UGUGAGAGUGUGUGAGUGUGUGUGAUCUCUUUCUGCGUUCACCUUGCGUUCCUCUGAAUGGCUUCUAUACAGUUUGAAGCCAAAACCCUGAUUUCUGAUAGCACUGUAGCUUGUUUUUUUCCCCCACCUAUGGCACUGUAUCAGUCCUACAGGCCUUAACAGCCUUGUCGAUGGGCACUAGUCUAUCGAUGUUUGAGAACCCCUCAGCAUUUGUGAAGAUGGUUAAAUCAGAAUUGGUUUGAACCAAGUGGCCAAAUCCGCUGCUUCUUUUCUGAAGCUCAUUCCCUGGUCGUGCUGAGAGACUGUGCUCACUAGCACCACUGUGGUUGGCUCCAGUACUGGUCAUUCAGACCCGUUUUUAAUGUGAAGUCCAUGUUACAAUUGCAGUAAAAAUACCAAGAAAAUGUUUGGUGUUUUUUUUUUUCAUCUAAUGCCUCCCCAUGUGCCGAUUUUCUUUAAGUUACUGGUUAUUAGGACAAUACAGCGAUACUUUGUGGACGAAUCAGGGACAGAUUACGUGACUCUCUCUCUCUCUCACGCUUAGUAGAGGAACCCCAUCAGCUUCUCUACUACACAUCUCUGUCUCCACACUGAACAACAUGGCUGCACUGGUAAACUAGCCCAUGGAAAGUCAGUGGAUGACGUAACAGGCACUCGGUCCAUACUUCUCUACAGACUAUGGUUUGCAUGCAGUCAUAGUGAUUUUGGAAGCUUGAUGGAAGCUUCGCUACUGAUGGCUAAUCCACAUGAUGCAAACGCCCUCCAAUUACACAGUUCAAGAUUACCCUCAAUAUAAAUCUCACACUCUAUAAUCACCUGUUAGGGAAAAGUGCCCUUUUUAACAUUUCACAGCUGAGCAUCGCCUGAUGAAACUGAUCCACAGUUAAACAACAAUAGUUGUACUUGAGUUUAACUUUCGUAUUCAUUUGCAAAGAAAUAACACAAAGUGAGAAAGCUUACUGGCUUUCUGAUUUGAAUCAGACAUAGUAAGACUCUUAUACACACUUUUCAAGAAGGGGGGGCUUUACCAAAACAAAAAGACAUGAAGCUGGCCACAAACAUUUAUCAGUAUUUUGUCUUCUGAAUACCCCUUGUUGACCUUGCUGUAAGACCGGAAUGUGCUACCUGAGAAGCAGAGACAUUAAGGUUAAAGGCUGUCUGUCUGCUGGAGAGACGGAGAAAGACUUUAUUUUGAAUCACGUGAUUGUCUUUAUGUUAACACACAUUGUCAAUUAAGAAUAAAUUAAGAAAAUUACCCUUGCACACCCUAACUGGAAGAGGGAAGCAGUUCUCAUAAACAGACUGCAACACUUUGGGUGUGGAGGAAACUACAUGAUUCACUGUGCAGUUAUUUUAAGAAUGUGGACAGGACAACUCUCAAACUGACAGAUAAAUAACUACAGAGGGGAGAAUUCCUUUCCACUGUAGACUGUGAAAGCUACAUGUUAUCUGAACUUUGGUAUGAUCAGGAUCACAACUACCUGUCCAAUUUCAAGAUGAAGGAUACAGAGGAAAACAUAAAAUAAAAAGAACAUUGUAGAGUUUGGGAGAGGUAGGUAAACACAACAUAACAAACACCAGGUGGACUCACACUGUGUUUUUAUAUGAGCAGAGAAAACCAGUUCUGCAGGUGGAUCAUACAUCAGGCUGGAAAUCUCUCCCUGGGUGUAACUAUUACAUUUUGUAGCUCUGUUCCUGGGCAUAAGACAUGCUCUUGCUCUGAGACAGAAUGGCGUCUGGAUCUUCUCUCCUGGAAGAGGACCUCACCUGUCCUGUGUGCUCUGAAAUCUUCAGGGAUCCUGUUGUCCUGAGAUGCACUCACAGCUUCUGUAAGGCCUGUCUGCAGCAGUACUGGGAUCAGAAGGGAUCUCAGGAGUGCCCAGUUUGCAGGAGAAGAUCUUCGAAGGAGCUUCCUCUCAUUAACCUGUCUCUGAGGAAUACCUGUGAGUCGUUCUUAAAGGAGAGAAGUCAGAGAGCUGAAGCAGGAUCUGAAGUGCUCUGCAGUCUGCACAGUGAGAAACUCAAACUCUUCUGUUUGGAGGAUCAAAUACCUGUCUGUGCUAUCUGUCAAACUUCAAAAAAACAUGAAAACCACAAAUUUCGACCAGUUCAGGAGGCUGCAGAAGAAAAUAAGGAGAAACUCAGGACUGCACUGGUUCCACUGCAGGAGAAGCUAAAAGCCUUUAAUGCAGUGAAACUAAUCUGUGAUCAAACAGCAGAGCACAUCAAGAGCCAGGCCCAGAACACAGAGAGACAGAUAAAGAUGGAGUUUGAGAAACUUCAGCAGUUCCUAAAAGAUGAAGAGGCAGCCAGGAUCACUGCAGUGAGGGAGGAAGAGGAGCAGAAGAGUCAGAAGAUGAAGGAGAAGAUUGAGAAGAUGACAGAAGAGAUAUCAUCCCUUUCAGAACAGAUCAGAGCCAUAGAACAGGAGCUGGGAGCUGAAGAUGUCUCAUUCCUGCAGAGCUACAAGGACACACAUAACAGAGCCCAGUGCACACUGGGGGAUCCAGAGAAGGUCUCAGGACCGCUGAUUGAUGUGGCCAAGCAUCUGGGCAAUCUGAAGUACAGAGUGUGGGAGAAGAUGCUGGGGACUGUUCAAUACACUCCUGUGACUCUGGACCCAAACGCAGCACAUCCUGAACUCUCACUGUCUGAGGAUCUGACCAGUGUGAGAUACAGUGCUAAGAGACAGCAGGUUCCUGAUAAUCCAGAGAGAUUUGAUUAUGGGUGGUUGUGUGCGCUGGGCUCUGAGGGAUUCAGCUCAGGAAGCCACUGCUGGGAUGUAGAAGUGGGGGGUGUGGCCUGGCAGGUUGGUGUGGUUGGAGAGUCCAUCAGCAGAAAAGGGGGUGUGGCUCUGAACCCAGCAGGAAGAGUGUGGGGUAUAGAGCUGACCAGUGGGCAAUACAGAGCCAUGACCUCCCCACCUACACCCCUCACUGUGCAGAGGAAACUCCAGAGGGUCAGAGUGCAGCUGAACUGGGACAGGGGGAAGGUGUCAUUCUCUGACCCCAGUGACAACACUCCUCUCUAUACUUUUAAACACUCCUUCACUGAGAGACUGUUUCCUUUCAUUAGUACAGCACAAGUGACUGUGCGGAUCUGUCCACUGAAUGUGUCUGUAAGUGUAAAAUAGCACUGUGGGAUUGUUGCUAAACAUCAGCAGAAGUCGAAGGACUAUUUUCAUUAAACUCAGGUGUACUUCAAAUGUCAUAAACAAAAACACGUCAUAAACAAAAUAUUGUCUAUUAUUAGAAAUGUAAAUUCAAACAUUCUAUAGUGCUUGAUGAGAAAUGUUGUCUUUAUGUUUAACCUGAUUGACAUGUACAUCUGUUGCAUAAGUGAGCAUAUAUGCUACAUGUCCUCCUAUAUACGUAAUCAUAAUCAUAUUCUUGAAUAUUAAGAGCUUAAAGUAACUGCAAGUAUGCUGAGAAAGAGGCCCAGUUACGAGACAAACACUUGAUCUACUGCUUAAAAUAUGUAUUGGAUAAUCGCAUGAGUAAGUAGGUGUAAUAAAGUAAAUGUUCCUAAUAAA